GUGAUCUUGAUCAAAGGUAAGUAUAAGAUGCAUGAUGAAGCUGCAUCUUAAGUUUCCUACUAUCAUCAAGCGUUUUCAAUCAUUCUCAUCUGUUCUUCCAUUUAUCCAGCUUGACGCUGUGACCUUCCUUCUUUACAUUCUUUCUUCCGAGUACAGCUGAGCUGCCUCUUCCCAUUCGCUCCUAAAAUACACACCCGCUGCAUAACUUGUAUACUCUUAUCCGACGUCAUGCAUUUCCAAUCCUUCACUCUUCUCUCUCUGGCCACGAUUGCCAUCGCCGUUCCCACGCCCUUUAAUGCGCUCAAGCCUCGCCAGAACGCUGCAGUCCUAGCAGACACCACCUUUAACGACAUUUCCAUCGCCGGCGGACAGGCAGGCAAUGCCGAGGCCGAAGCCCUUGCCGUCUUCUCAGCAUUGGACCUUCAGAAUCCCGGAAAUAUCAACGCUGCCGACGUCAAGUUCCUGGGCGAAGUCAACAAUGUUGCGAACGACGCAGAAAAGGAAGCUUUCAACACGGCAGUUGCAGCCGCCACUGGCGAUGAGGCCGCCCAAAUACAGAACGGCAAGAUAAAGAACAAGGUCCUCAAGUUGAUGGCUACCAAGAUCGAACUCGAGGCCAAGCAGGCCCAAGGCGAGGAUGUUGCCGCCAAGUUGGAAGAGGAGACAAAGAAGUUGAACAACAACAUUGCGACAGAUACGAAGAACGCUGGCCAAACUUCCAUUGCAGAGCCCUUUGAUGCGACCAUUUCGGGUGGAGGAAAUGCAGCUGCUGCCGGUGGAAAAGCGAAGAACGCCGGAAAGGCGAAGGAUGCUGGCAAGGCAAAGAACGCUGGAAAAGCGAAGGAUGCCGGCAAGGCAAAGAACGCCGGAAAAGCGAAGGAUGCCGGCAAAGCCAAGAACGCCGGAAAGGCAAAGAACGCUGGAAAGGCGAAGAACGCUGGCAAGGCUAAGAACGCCGGCAAGGCGAAGAAUGCUGGAAAGGCGAAGAACGCCGGCAAGGCAAAGAACGCUGGCCAGGCCAAGAACAACGGCAAUGCGACGGCCAACGCCAUUGAUAAUUAGAAUCCUGAAGAUAAUGGGAAGGCUCCAGUUGGGAAGAAGAGAGAGGAUAAUCAGAUGGCCAGGCCAUGAAUGUUGAAGGGUUGUCGCACGCUGCCUGGCUAGGUCAUAUACCCCGAGCAAGCUUGAGGUUGGAUUGUAUCAUAGUAAUCAUGAGGAGCAAAGAACU